AUGGGCAGCCUCAGCGGUUCUCCGGCCAUCCCAACAGUGGAUAUCAGCGCAUUCCUCGACCCCCACUCUUCGGAGGAGGCCCGCCAGGCCGUUGUCGAGGGCGUGAGCAGUGCCUGCCACACAUACGGCUUCUUCAAUCUCACCGGGCACGGCAUCCCCAAAGACGCCCUAGAGGAGGCCUUCGAGGUCAACAAAAUGUUCUUUGCCCUGCCUCAGGAGAAGAAGAUGGAGGUUUGGAUCAACAAGUCUGUCGGUCGUUCGUUCAGGGGCUACGAGCCCCCUGGCAUCCAGACUCACCAGGAGGGCUUGCUGCCCGAUACCAAAGAGACUUUUAUGGUCGGCAGAGAAGUCCCGCAAGAUGAUCCCGACUGCGGCACCUUCUCGACCGGCCCAAAUCUGUGGCCCUCCAGCCUGCCCAAGGACCAGUUCCAGGACCGCGUCAUGGCCUACCAGGGCAGGAUGCUCGAGCUGGUCGGGAACAUCCUCGACAUUCUUGCUCUGGGACUGCCCAAAGAAUGGGGGUGCCCGCCGGACGUAUUCAACUCGCUGCUCGAAAAGCCCUCAAUCCCAAUGCGAUUCCUGCACUACGGGCCCGUGCAGGCCCAGGACCCUCGCCAGUUUGGAGUCGCCGACCACACCGACUUCGGGUGCGUGUCAAUCAUCCUCCAGGAGCCCGACACCACAGGCCUAGAGGUGUACUACCCGCCGGCGCAGACAUGGGUCCCCGUUCCUGUAGUUGAGGACGCGUUCGUGGUCAACAUGGGCGACAUGAUGCAAAAGUACACGGGCGGCUACUACCGCAGCGCCCGGCACCGCGUUCUGACCAACAGAGACAAGCACCGUCACAGCGUCGCUUUCUUCCUCAACGGGAACCUCAAACUCAACGCGAAGGCCCUGGACGGCUCGGGAGUCGAGACAGUGGUGGGCGAGCACAUCCGUGGCCGGCUGAUUGAGACCAUGGGUGCGACUGGCAAGUUGCUUCAGCGAGAGGUUGCGAUUGCCUAG